CAAACUACUGAGGGAAAGGACAGAGACAGAAUAAAUAAAAUAGAGGGAGAAAUAGAGAAAAAAUAAAGAGGGGGAGGGGAGUAGCACAAGCAAAUAUUUAAUUACGGAAAGAGAGAGAGAGAGAAACCUCAAAUAUCAUAAAUCUGUAACUUAAUUUCGGAUUUCAUAUGAAUAGCAAAAAAAACUCUGGCUUGAGAGAAUUUAAACGGGAGGUGAACUUUGGAAGGAGCAUGCUGCCAGUGUUCCACAGCCUCCUAGUGAUUGUCACAGUCCUGCUGUAGCUGCCUCCUACCAUGCUACUAUCUCUGGAUUGUCUGGACCUGAAGAGCUGCCUGCUUGUGAUCUUUCUGUUCCUACUGCUGGUGGACUUCCUGAAGCACAGAAACCCACCUGAGUUCCCUCCUGGACCAUGGCCUCUACCUUUCCUUGGAAAUAUCUUCAUUGGGUUUGGCUACCAGGACAUGGACAAGGUUGCUGAACAGUUCGGCAAUAUUUUCAGCCUUCGGUGGGGUUGGGAGAAGGUGGUGUUUGUGUCUGGGUACAAGAUGGUGAAGGAUGUUUUAAUGACUCAGGGAGAUAACUUUUUAGACCGACCUGCAUCUCCUCUCUUUAGUGAUGUUUUCAAAGACUGCGGAAUCUCUGUAAGUAAUGGAUACAGAUGGAGGAGGCAACGGCAGUUCUCGGUGGCCCACCUAAAACACGUUGGUGAGGGGAAGAGAACCCUGGAGUUUCAUGUGCAGCAGGAGUGUAACUUCCUGUGUCAGGCCUUCCAACAGGAAAUGGGAGGGCCAUUCAACCCCCAACUCAUAAUAAACAGUGCUGCUGCAAACAGCAUUGGAUUCUUGGUGUUUGGAAAGCGAUUUGACUACAACGCUACAGACUUCCAGAACCGUCUGCGACUGAGCCAGGAGUCCAUGCUAUUGAUAGGCAACCCUCUGGUUCAGCUGUACGAUGUAUUUCCAUGGCUGCUCAAGCGUUUGCCUGGGCUGCGUUCUGGUCCCCAUGUGACAAUUCUUUCCAACUAUGCAAAGAUUGUGUCAUUCCUGAGAAAAGAAAUAGAGACACAUAAGAAGGACUGGGAUCCCUUUGAUCACCGGGACUACAUUGACUCCUACAUCGGAGAAAUAGACAAGAAGAAGAGGGACAUCGAGGCUGGGUUCCACUCAGAGAACUUGGUGUACUGCAGUCUGGACUUGUUUGAGGCUGGAACAGAGACCAUGACCAACACUUUACGUUGGGCUCUGCUCUACAUGGUGAAGUACCCUGAUGUUCAGAAGAAUGUCCAGGAAGAGAUCAAAAGUGUGAUUGGCCAGUCUCGCCAGCCCUGCCUUGCUGAUAGGGUGAGCAUGCCCUACACAGACGCUGUGAUCCACGAGACACAGAGAAUGGCCAACAUACUGCCUCUCAAUAACAGGAUGUCAAGCAAAGAUGCUACCAUGGGGGGAUAUUUCAUACCCAAGGGCACUAAAGUGAUAGUCAACCUCUCCUCAGUGUUACGUGACCAGACAGAAUGGGAGACGGCAGACCACUUCAACCCACAACAUUUCCUGGAUGUGCAUGGUCACUUCCGGAAAAGGGAGGCUUUUUUCCCAUUUUCUGCAGGAAAGAGGGCUUGUCUGGGGCAAUCGCUGGCCCGCAUGGAGCUCUUCCUCUUUUUCACCUCCCUCCUCCAGAGGUUCACCAUCUCUACAUCCCCUGGAGAGGAACCACCAAGCCUGGAGCCCCAGGGAGUGGCCAUCCAGUCCCCUAAACCCUUCACAAUCUGUGCCUCCACAUGGUGAUGGUUCACCACCAUUAUAGUUCCGUUUUGGAGAAGAAGAGGAAUACAUUUUAUUGUCCAUUUUCCUACAGUCCAUAUGGAAAUCGGUCUUUUUGCUCUUAACCCUACCCCCUCCCAAAUCAAACACACACACCCUCGAAGGGUUGGAAGCACAGGGUCAGCCAUGGUGCAGCACCACUGGAGAAGUUUCAGGUUAAGGGCACAACGGCAGAUUGUAUGAUACACUGAAUUACUGAGCACUGUCUGCAUGCUUAACAUAAUGUAUACACAGUAUUAUACACUGCUCAAAAAAAUAAAGGGAACACUUAAACAACACAAUGUAACUCCAAGUCAAUCACACUUCUGUGAAAUCAAACUGUCCUCUUAGGAAGCAACACUGAUUGACAAUAAAUUGCACAUGCUGUUGUGCAAAUGGAAUAGACAAAAGGUGGAAAUUAUAGGCAAUUAGCAAGACACCCCCAAUAAAGGAGUAAUUCUGCAGGUGGUGACCACAGACCACUUCUCAGUUCCUAUGCUUCCUGGCUGAUGUUUUGGUCACUUUUGAAUGCUGGCGGUGCUCUCACUCUCAUGCGGUAACAUGAGACGGAGUCUACAACCCACACAAGUGGCUCAGGUAGUGCAGUUCAUCCAGGAUGGCACAUCAAUGCGAGCUGUGGCAAAAAGGUUUGCUGUGUCUGUCAGCGUAGUGUCCAGAGCAUGGAGGCGCUACCAGGAGAGAGGCCAGUACAUCAGGAGACGUGGAGGAUGCCGUAGGAGGGCAACAACCCAGCAGCAGGACCGCUACCUCCGCCUGUGUGCAAGGAGUAGCACUGCCAGAGCCCUGCAAAAUGACCUCCAGCAGGCCACAAAUGUGCAUGUGUCAGCAUAUGGUCUCACAAGGGCUCUGAGGAUCUCAUCUCGGUACCUAAUGGCAGUCAGGCUACCUCUGGCGAGCACAUGGAGGGCUGUGCGGCCCCACAAAGAAAUGCCACCCCACACCAUGACUGACCCACCGCCAAACCGGUCAUGCUGGAGGAUGUUGCAGGCAGCAGAACGUUCUCCACGGCGUCUCCAGACUCUGUCACGUCUGUCACAUGUUCUCAUGUGUUCAGUGUGAACCUGCUUUCAUCUGUGAAGAGCACAGGGCGCCAGUGGCGAAUUUGCCAAUAUUGGUAUUCUCUGGCAAAUGCCAAACGUCCUGCACGGUGUUGGGCUGUAAGCACAACCCCCACCUGUGGACGUCGGGCCCUCAUACCACCCUCAUGGAGUCUGUUUCUGACCGUUUGAGCAGACACAUGCACAUUUGUGGCCUGCUGGAGGUCAUUUUGCAGGGCUCUGGCAGUGCUACUCCUUGCAUAAAGGCGGAGCUAGCGGUCCUGCUGCCGGGUUGUUGCCCUCCUACGGCCUCCUCCACGUCUCCUGAUGUACUGGCCUGUCUCCUGGUAGCGCCUCCAUGCUCUGGACACUACGCUGACAGACACAGCAAACCUUCUUGCCACAGCUCGCAUUGAUGUGCCAUCCUGGAGAGCUGCACUACCUGAGCCACUUGUGUGGGUUGUAGACUUCGUCUCAUGUUACCACUAGAGUGAGAGCACCGCCAGCAUUCAAAAGUGACCAAAACAUCAGCCAGGAAGCAUAGGAACUGAGAAGUGUUCUGUGGUCACCACCUGCAGAAUCACUCCUUUAUUGGGGGUGUCUUGCUAAUUGCCUAUAAUUUCCACCUUUUGUCUAUUCCAUUUGCACAACAGCAUGUGCAAUUUAUUGUCAAUCAGUGUUGCUUCCUAAGUGGACAGUUUGAUUUCACAGAAGUGUGAUUGACUUGGAGUUACAUUGUGUUGUUUAAAUGUUCCCUUUAUUUUUUUGAGCAGUGUAUUUACAGUGUCCCCCCUUUCUUAAAGGUCCAACGCAGCCAUUUUUAUCUCAAUAUCAAAUUAUUUCUGGGUAACAAUUAAGUACCUUACUGUGAUUAUUUUUGACCAUUUUAAUUUAAAACUAACAAAAAUAGCUCUUUAGCAAAUAGCAAUUUCUCAAGCAAGAAUUUUGCUGUUAUUAGCAGAGAGGUUUGGAACUCUCUUUCUUAUUGGUCUAUUAACUAAUUUACUGAAUGGUGAUGUCACCAUGGAAAGCCAAAACUCUCUCCCACCAAAACAGGCUGAAAUUUCAGGUGGUCUUUUCAAACAGCUCUCACACUAAAAGGGCAUUAUCAUAAUUUUCACAAUAUCAUCCCAACCUAUAUAUUAUAUUAUAUAUAUAAAACACAUGAAAAUCACAUUAUUGACUGCACUGGGCCUUUAAUAGCUUAAUUCAGGGGCGCACAUUUCACUGGGAACAGCAUCAAUGUGCCCACAUUCUGAAAUUACAUUUUUGUCUCCCCAGUUUUAUCAUUGGAAUGUGAUACAAAACGAGGCAACAGUGUGUUUUAGGAUCAUGCGGAUGCCUCCGAGCGGUCGGGUAGACUUUUUGGAGUGUUUUCCGACUGGAUAGAAUAAUAAUAAUAAUAAUAAUAAUUUAAAAAAAGUUAUGUCCCCCCCACUUCUAAAACCAAAGUUGCGCCCCUGGUUUAAGUAAUUUGUACUUUGAACGUAACCCUUCUAGCAUUUUGAAAAGAUCCAGUCUUACAGCAUUGUUUGAUUAAAGUCACAAUUCUGUACAACAGAACAAA